GGUCCCCACCCUUUGGAGCGCGUUUGCGUCACCACGCCGGGUGUGUCUCGUGACCGGAAGGGGGCGAUCAAGAGACGGAAGUGAAAGCUGGGAGGGUGUUUGUCCCCAUUAAAGCGGAGUCGAACGUAGGAGAGCGGAGGUGGCAGCGACUUUGGCCAGACCCAGUGCGGUGGCGACGGCUGUCUUUCUCUUCGCAAGUGCCCUUGAACUGUUCAUCGAGACUCCAUUCUUGAACAAUGACUUCUAGAAAGAAAGUAUUACUCAAAGUCAUCAUCCUUGGAGACUCGGGGGUGGGGAAGACAUCUUUAAUGAACCAAUAUGUGAACAAGAAGUUCAGUAACCAGUACAAAGCUACAAUAGGAGCAGACUUUCUCACAAAGGAAGUGAUGGUGGAUGAUAGGCUAGUCACAAUGCAGAUAUGGGAUACGGCAGGACAGGAACGGUUUCAGUCUCUGGGAGUUGCCUUCUAUAGAGGAGCGGACUGCUGCGUGCUGGUUUUCGAUGUGACGGCCCCAAACACAUUCAAAACUCUUGACAGCUGGCGAGAUGAAUUCCUCAUUCAAGCUAGUCCACGGGAUCCUGAAAACUUUCCAUUUGUCGUGCUGGGAAACAAGAUUGACCUAGAAAACAGACAAGUUACUACAAAACGAGCGCAAGCCUGGUGCUACAGCAAAAACAAUAUCCCUUACUUUGAAACCAGUGCCAAGGAGGCCAUUAAUGUGGAACAAGCUUUCCAGACAAUUGCACGAAAUGCACUUAAACAGGAAACCGAAGUGGAGCUUUACAAUGAAUUCCCUGAACCUAUCAAACUAGACAAGAAUGACCGAGCAAAGGCCUCUGCAGAGGGCUGCAGCUGCUGAGGUGGGGCUGGAGGGGUUGAGCACAGUCCUUCACAAAUGGAUUCACACUUAGGCCUUCAAACACACAGCCCCUCUUUUCUCUGUAAAAAGAAAACAAGAGAUUCCCACUUUCAGUGGCCAAAACCAUCCCUCUACCAUGAGCGACUUAUAAACCCAUUCCUCUACGCAUCUCCCAUCAAUCUCUUUACAUCCCAACACAUUAUUUCAUGGUAGCAGACCUUUCUUCUCUAGUUUAAAAAGGAAAUUCUCAUGUAUGUUUGGAACUUAAGCUGCUUUCAGGUGUCCAAUGGAAAGAAACUGUGUACAGAUGAUCUGUAACAAUUUACCUUUAAUUGUCUUGUGUUCCCCCACCCUGUGAAGGCUGCAGUUGGAAAGGCUGAUUACCCAUAGUUCAUUGCAAGCUCAGCACUCAGUUCAACUAGGUUGAGUUUUGUAUGUAUCUGUUAAUGCUUGUUACUUUUAACUAAUCAAAUCUUUUUACAGUAUCCACGUAUUAUGUAAUGGCUUCUUUAGGAAAAAUCUUAUAGUACAUGUUAAUAUAUGCAACCAAUUAAAAUGUAUAAAUUAGUGUAAAAUUCUUGAAAUACAUGUUUAAGUACUGAAACACAGGUCUAGGAAAUGGAACAGGACACUUGUGGAGUGCAGUGUGCUAGCAACACAAGUCCAGAUAGAGGCAGUAUUCUGUACAGUAGAAGCAAGAAUUAUGUAAACAUUUUUAUUGAUUUAAGAGCCAAAAAGCUUCCUCAACUGGCAAAAAAAUUUUUUUUGUCUAGCUUCUUGUAGCUAAAACCCUUCAGAGGACGAUUUGCAUAACCUUGCACUCUGGAUUAUUGGACUUCAAAUUAAAGACGGCUUUCAGAACGA